GUACAUUCUAAAAGCUUAACCCGACCAAGCAAGUUUAGUUAAAAUAGGACUGAUAUGCUCUGUAUGUCGAUAGAUCAAAAAACUUCCAUUUCUAUGGCUUCCUCUAAUAACCUCUUAUCUUCUUCUCAAAUCCAUCGUCAUCGACCCAAGGAUUUCACCCCUCAAUUCUCUUUUCCUCCUCUCGAUUCCUUCUCUAAUUCUUCUCCUAUUCGCCUCGAAACUCGAAUAGUUUUCUCCAAAAAAAGGGGCAUUUUUUGUGCUUCCACUAAUAAUGCAAAUGCUGCAAGCUCAAUUCCUUUGAAAUCUGAACAGGAUGAUUAUGUUCCCAUGCCAGUAGUUCUGAUAGACCAAGAUUCUGACUCUGAAGCAACGAUUGUACAAAUCAGCUUUGGAGAUCGUCUUGGAGCUCUCAUUGAUACGAUGAAGGCCUUGAAAGAUUUGGGAUUGGAUGUAGCAAAAGGAUCUGUUCUCACUGAAGGAUCUGUUAAGCAAACAAAAGUCUUUAUUACUCGUUUAGACAAUGGGCGAAAAGUUGAAGAUCCUGAUAUGUUAGAGAGAAUUCGACUUACCAUCAUUAGCAACCUUCUGAAGUACCAUCCAGAAUCUAGUGAGCAACUUGCUAUGGGUGAGGCUUUUGGAAUAAAGGCUCCUGAGAAAAAGCUUGAUGUUGAUAUUGCAACUCAUAUACAUGUCAAAGAUGAUGGACCCAAGCAGAGCUUGCUUUACAUUGAGACGGCAGAUCGACCUGGAUUACUUGUUGAAAUCAUUAAAAUCAUGGCUGAUAUCAAUGUUGAUGUAGAAUCAGCAGAGAUUGAUACAGAAGGAUUGAUAGCCAAAGACAAGUUUCAUGUCAGCUACAGAGGGGCAGCCUUAAAUAGUUCAUUGUCUCAGGUGCUCGUGAACUGUCUACGUUACUACCUUAGAAGACCAGAAACAGACAUUGAUAGCUACUAAUACUUGGUGGACAUUGUGCCAAAAUGUUCUUUGUACCAAAAUGCAAUUGAGCCUAAAUUCAUCUGCUAAGUUGUAUGUAUGUCUCUAAUAUCCUGAGAGAUAAUGUUCUUAGCUGUAAUCUGAUGCUUGUGGAACCCUCAAACUAAUAAUUUGUGCCUUGUUAUUGCUCCUAUACAUUCAAGGGUAUACAUUUCACAAAUAUGAUUAGUCAUGUUGUGCGCAUGGAAAGUGUUUUCGCUGUUAAGCGCUUCAAAUGAAGUUCUAUUUUAUUGAA